AUGGCUGAAAAUAAAGUACCACCACCUCCGUCUGCGCUUCCCGACCUGCAAUCCCUUGGGCUGGGCACCGGAAAGUCCAAUCCAUUUGCACCAAGAGCAUCCAGCGCCUCCCCUUCCGCGCUUCUUUCUGGUCUUCCACCACCACCAGCUGCGCUUCCUGGGCUCGGUUCAACCACGAAGCCGUCGCCAAAUGCUUCUCCCCUGCCCCCACCGCCGGUCAGCAUCUUGGCCCAACCUCCAUCGACUGUUGAAGAACCCCUUGCCAUGCCGAAACAGCCUUCACCCUCACCAGCAGCCGGAAAACCUCUACCACCCAUGCAACCUCCGAUUAAAAAUGUCACGCCCCCUCCGCCGGCUGCCCUGUCUCCAGUAGCUCCGCAGAAUCCCGGGCCGCCUCCGAAUAUUGCCGUUCGUGAAACUUCCCCGCCUUCUGCUCAACCUGUAUCACCUGUACCGCCACCUAGGGUUCCGGAAGCAACAGCCGAAGCACCCAAGGCGCAGCCCGUGAAAUCAGAUACGGCUCAGCCCACGGAAGGAUCUGGUGAGGGUAUGUUUGACUGGCUGACGAAGCAAAUGCACGAGAACACAUUCCUAUCGAAAGUGGCCGAGAAGGCGAAGGUGGGAAUGGAAACUGUACUGACCACGCUGGACCCUGGGAUGAAGGAUUUUAUGGGAGACGGCAGUGGUCUCGUCGAGCUGCAUGUUGCCACCGAGGAUCCGAUGGUAUCUUCGGCUGUCCGCCAAGGCUUUGAGCGCGUCUUCAACAGUGCUGUUGUUCGUGGUGUCCCCGUACCGCAAGACGAUAGCUCUCGACUCAGCCUCUCGCUCGAAGCGGCCGACCGGGUUUGUGCAGAGAAGGUGAAGCGGCUAGCGGCCUCUCGUCUGGCCAGCCCAGCAUCGCCAUUCAUCGUCCUGCAGCCAUACAUUAUGCAGAUUGGACAAGGACAUUUUUACGCGAUUCGACUGAUGCUCCGCUGGCGAGGCGUCGACUUCUACACGUUCUCCCAACCCGUCGAAUUGUCGCCGGAGCUCGUUGCACAUCUUGAGAAAUCCCCGAAACAACCGGAUGGCGGUCUCGGCCAAUCGCUGGAACAAAUGCAUGGCAACGAAAACUUCCUGCCCUUCCACCCAAGCGAGCUUCUAAUCCUCCCAGCCGCGUUGAUUGCCAGAAAAUUGAGUGCUAAGAUUGCCGAAGAAGCCCAGAAACAAGAGGCCGCCUCCAAUCCAGCUGAAAAAGCA